UUCGAUCUUAAAGGCCAGACGGCAGUGGUCACAGGAGGUGCGCGAGGACUUGGGCUUUCAUUCGCAGCUGUUCUCGCUCGAGCCAACUGUAACAUCGCCAUUCUCGACAUUGGCCCUGAUGCAUCCGAAGGCGUCAAAAGCCUCAAAUCAGAAAGCGCCGUGAAAGUACAAUACUACACAUGCGACAUCAGCUCCACGUCACAAGUCACCGAGGUCAUCCAACGAAUCGACCAAGACUUUGGACGAAUCGACAUCAACGUCAACGCCGCUGGAGUCGUCAAGGACGAACCUUUCUUAUCCACGACGGAAGAAAAUCUGGAUCGCACUUUUGCCAUCAACUUCAAAGGCUCUUUCUUCGUUGCACAGGCUUGUGCCGCAAGCAUGAUUCGUCGAUUGAAGUCGUCGAACCAGGGCAUACCGGUUGAUCCAUCCAUCGAUGGUGGCAGCAUAGUCUUCAUUGCUUCGAUCUCAACGCAUAUUGCUUCCAGCGCGCAGAACAUCAGCGCCUACGUUGCGUCGAAAGACGCUGUGCGAGGUCUGGUGAGACCCCUUGCUGUAGAGCUUGCACCAUACGGCAUCAGGGUGAACAGCCUUAGUCCCGGAUACAUGAUGACCGAUAUGAUGCGAGGAUUGCAAAGCCAGCAGCCAGACUUGGUUAGCCAGUUCAUGAAGGAGACUCUACUGGGUGGUGGAAAGCGAAUUGGGCAGCCGGAAGAGCUGCAGGGCCCUUUGCUUAUGUUAUGCUCUCGAAAAGCAGGUGGAUGGAUGACGGGACAAGAGCUGUUGGUCGAUGGUGGUGCAUCGAGCUGGAAGCACCCUGCCGUGCUCAGUCACUGA